AUCUGUCAGUUAACUAUCAAAUAAAUUUAAGGACGGGCGAUCGCACUGCGACUUUAUUGCUAAUCGAAGUAUAAAUAAAACUCCACGCGACACACAAACUUAACGCGGCGUUAAUAAUUAGCUUGUGUUGAAAUUCCAAAGUCGUUCAACAGGCUAGGAUCGAUGGCUUACUCCUUGUUUACUAAAUAAACGCGUAUUUGCGUUACCUUAGAUAACACCUACCAUGGCUACUUCAGAUAAUAGUGACCCUAAAUUGGAAGUGGAGGAGUCUCUGCUGUAUUCUGCGAGACAUGGAGAGCUGAAGGUAGUCAAGGCAUUGCUGGAAGCGAGAAAGGAGGGGAAGCUGACCUUGGAUAUAAAUUGCAAAGGCAAAACAAAAAGCAACCUAGGAUGGACGCCGCUCAUAUUGGCAUCAUAUUUCGCGCACGUGGAAGUAGUAGAGGCGCUGCUAGAGGCCGGCGCGGACGUGGACGACGUGAACGAGGCAGGCGACACUGCACUGCACAAGGCCUCUUUCAUAGGGAACGAGGAACUAGUGAUCCUCCUCCUAAAACACAAAGCUGACGUGAACGUCAUGAACGGCGAGGGACGUACGGCCUGUGACGUCUGCAAGACGAGAGACGUUCAGAGACUUUUAGAGGCGGCCCAGCGGUCUGAGCGGCAUGAGCGAGAGAGGAAACUGCUGAAUGCUGCGAAAGCGGGACAGAUAGAGGACAUACAGGCGUUGCUAAGCAGCUCCAACUCUCCUAACAUCAACUGCGUGGACGCACAGGGCAACACGUGCCUCCACUGCGCAGCUUAUCGCGGACACGCGCGCCUUGCCGUGCUACUGCUCCAGAAUGGAGUGGAUACUACUCUAAAAAAUAAUAGUGGUCAACUAGCGAUAGACAUAGCGAAAGACCAGGAAAUGCGUGACGUUCUCAGUGUGAGGCCAGUGCAGAGGUUACAGCGGACGGCGGCGCGUUUCGAAGGGCCAUUGCUCAAGAGGUCGCGGUUUCUCGGCUGGAGACCUGUUUGGGCGGUGCUCCAACGCGGCGUGCUCCUCUACUACGGGUCGCGCGCCGACGCGGCGCGGGAGUCGGGCCGCUGGCGCGCGCGCAAGUACCUGGACGGCGCCACGGUGGUCGCGCCCGACCGCGAGCCCGCGCUGCUGCUGCCCGCCUUCAGCGACGGCGACCAGCACCGCCUGGCCGUGCCCGCGCAGCCCCACCAGGACGUCGCCGCCACCAGGCAGUCAUGGAUAACAGCUCUCAACGAGCACAUAGCUUAUUCCGGUCAUUAUCUUUGGGCUGGUGCGUCGCCUGACACUGCGAAAGAAGCCACCGAGGAUAUGGAGGAUGAAUGCAAACCCUUAGGUUCUAUGCAAGACGCCCUGACCGCCGCGACCAACAGCCUCGCGCUACUCGACACGCAACUACGAGAGUGCGGUGCUAUAGUCGCAGCGCUCGACAAAUCGGUCAACGUUGGCAACUCGUUGCACCACUCCGCUUAUAUGAGAUUCCAGCACGCAUGCGGCACGGGUGCUGAGGCGCUCAGCUCGUUACGUCACUGCGCUGCGCUUGUAGCGCAAGCGAGAGACGCUGAUUCCGCGCGGCUCAAUCGAGAGAUUGAACGGAACAGGGUGUUAGAAGAAGCUCUAGCAGCGUUGGCGAGGACGCACCACGCUUUGGAAAUGUCCGUCGCCGAGGAGCUCACUAAGAGCAAGCGAAAGAAGAAAACGCCGUCGCAAAAUGACUCGAAGGAGAAUUUCUUCGACGUUUUUGAAGAUACGGACGAUGAUGAUGACACCCUGGUGACAGCGGGGCUGUCUAGCCCUCUCGGAGCUUUGAGUCCGUGGAACAGUAGUCCUGAUCUCUUGCGACGGACCCCUAUAGGUAGUCUUGACGGCGACGUAACUCCCACGAACGAGCAAAAUGGCGGCUCGCCUCUAUCCAGCUCUCCCACUUCUCUACACACCGCUCUAAGCCCCGCUUCUUCCCGUGGAACCCUCGUGUCCCAAGGCGGACACGUGUACAGGAACGCGAGGUAUCGCAGGAACAAGAACCCCAGAACAACACUUCCUGUUGCCCAAUUCAGCCGUGGCGACUUCUCCCUGUGGUCAGUCCUGAAGAACUGCGUCGGCAAGGAGCUGUCCAAGAUCACCAUGCCGGUCGUGUUCAACGAGCCGCUGUCGUUCUUGCAGCGCAUGCUGGAGUACUUGGAGUAUGCGCACUUGCUACGCAUGGCGUCUGAGCAGACGGACCCCGUGGCGCGCAUGGAGUACAUCGCGGCAUUUGCGGUGAGCGCCCUGGCUUCCAAUUGGGAGCGCCUGGGCAAGCCCUUCAACCCGCUCCUUGGAGAAACCUACGAACUCGAGCGCCCUGAAUUCAGGGCAGUCUGCGAGCAGGUGUCCCACCACCCCCCAGUGUCUGCGUUCCACGCUGAUAGUCCCCACUUCGUGUUCCACGGCUCCGUACACCCCAAGCUCAAGUUCUGUGGCAAGAGCGUCGAGAUCCAACCCAAGGGUCAUGUCACCGUUGAGCUGCCCAGGUGGGGCGAGGCCUACACCUGGACUAAUGUGAACUGCUGUGUUCACAAUGUGAUUGUAGGCAAACUGUGGAUCGAGCAGUAUGGUGCCAUGGAAGUCACAUGCCAUGGUGGUGCAGGGCUGAAGGCUAACCUGGCGUUCAAACCUGCUGGCUUUAAUAACAGAGACCUGCACCGGGUUGAUGGCUUCAUCACUGACCAAAAUAAAAAGAAAAUCCGCUUCCUCUACGGAAAGUGGACAGAGUUCAUCAAGGUCUGCAGCGCAGCCGCGCACGAGCAGUGGGCGCGGGAGCAGGAGGCCAGUGCCACUCCGGCGCAUACGCCGAAGAAAGUGCUGGCUAAGCUCAAUAGCUUCAAAGUGGGCGCGCUGCGGUCUAUGUCCAUUCAAGACCCUGAAGACGCGGACACGGACGAGGUACCGAAGUCAGACGACACGUAUAACAUCGACAUUCCUGGCUCUACCACCCUCUGGGAAGCGAGGAGCCGACCCACCAACAGUGCACAGUAUUAUCAAUUCACUGAAUUCGCCAUGUCGCUAAACGAGGUGGAGCGAGACAUGAAAGGGCAGCUGUGCCCAACGGAUAGUCGGCUACGUCCAGACGUCAGGCUUUUGGAGCAGGGAGACAUUGAUGCCGCUGCUGCCGAGAAGACCCGGCUUGAGGAGAAGCAGAGGACAGCCAGGAAAGCGCUAAAGAAAUCACCUGAUGGGUGGCAACCUAGGUGGUUUAGUCAAGGCACGAAUCCCUACACGAAACAGGAGGACUGGCUCUACAACGGGGGUUACUGGGACCGCAAUUACCAACAUCUAAAGGACAUUGACAUAUUCUAAGAUCUCAUACUGUGUGUAUCAUUUGGUGUAUCACCGAUGUGUAGCCAUGGUUCUUUUAUGCGCUAAAAGUGCAGUACGUAUUCAGCGAUGCUUAUAAUCCAU